GCAGCGCGUGCGAGGCGCGCGGGGCCAGAGCAGCGCGGAGGGCGCAGCUCGAGGACCGGCCGCGGGAGGAUGUGAAGGUGGAGCCGUCCCUGUCCCUGCUGGUCCACAGACACAUCCCAGCCAUCAGCUCUCAUCCUCAUCCUCAGGCUCAGCUCUGCUCCUCCGGCACAUCCACCUCCUCCUUGUCCUGGCUGGAAGAGAGGGAACAGCAUCAUUGGCUUUGACUGGAUUUUUAUUUCCAUCUGCACAGUUUUCACAUCACCAAACUCCGCGUCUAUGGGAUUAUUUUGGACGAGGCAGCUUUGUUUUGGAUAAGGACGUUGGGCAUCAUGAGUUCCGCUGCACAUCAACAAGGCUCAGCGCACAGCGAGCGGAGCUCCGGACCGAUCCGGUGCCAGCGGUGUCGGGAAAUAUGCAAAGGAGAAGUGGUUCGGGUCCAGGACACUCACUUUCACGUCAAGUGUUUCACCUGCACCGUGUGUAACUGUGACCUGGCGCGAUCGGGCUUCUUCCAGAAGAAGGGCGAGUACAUCUGCACUGCAGACUACCAGCGUCUGUACGGCACGCGCUGCGACCGCUGCGAGAGCUUCAUCACGGGAGAGGUGGUCUCCGCCCUGGGACGCACCUACCACCCCAAGUGCUUUGUCUGCAGUGUCUGCAGUAAACCCUUUCCGAUCGGCGACAGGGUAACGUUCAGUGGAAAGGACUGCGUGUGCCAACAGUGCUCCCACACUCUUGUCAAGUCCAAUGAACCCAUCAAGAUCCACGGGCCCAGCCACUGUGCUGGAUGUGGAGGAGAGAUCAAGCAGGGCCAGUCUCUGCUGGCGCUGGAGAAGCAGUGGCACGUCAGCUGCUUCAGGUGUCGGACCUGCAACAUGGUCCUCACCGGAGAGUACAUCAGCAAGGACGGCGUGCCGUACUGUGAAGCUGAUUACCACGCCCAGUAUGGGGUGAAAUGUGAGACCUGCAACAGAUACAUCAGCGGCCGGGUCCUGGAGGCAGGAGGGAAACACUACCAUCCGUCCUGCGCUCGCUGCGCCCGCUGUAACAUGAUGUUCAAAGAGGGGGAGGAGAUGUACCUGACAGGAUGCGACGUGUGGCACCCAUUAUGCAAGCAGGCGGCGAGGGCAGAGAGGAGACUCAGGCACAGACGCCUGUCAGAGACGUCCAUCUCCCCGCCAGGAUCCUCCAUCGGCUCUCCCAGUAGAGUUAUAUGUGCCAGAGUGGAGAAUGAGAUCCUAGAUUAUAAGGAUCUAGCUGCCCUGCCAAAGGUCAAGGCCAUUUAUGAGGUCCAACAGCCAGACCUCAUAUCCUCCUCAUACCAGCCGUACCACAGAUACACGUCUGAUGACAGGCUAGACACUUACAGCUAUGGGGAGUCACUUGGGACUCUCUCACCUUAUUCUCAGGACUUUGACAACCUGGAUGCAAGGCAGCGGCAGUGCUGCAGUCCAGGUUACAUCGACUCCCCGACGUACAGUCGGCAGGGCAUGUCUCCCAUCAUGCCUCGCUCUCCACAGCACUUUGGCUACCCUGGCUCAGAGAGUGGCAGGAGUUCGCCUUAUUACGGCCAAGAGGGUCGGCCAAGCACACCCACCACAAACCAGCCUCCUAAACAUUUCCAUGUACCAGCCACAGGGGACCCAAACAUCUACCGAAGGCCUCCCAUCUAUAAGAGAACGGACAAUCACAUGGAAGCAGCCACCAAAAGCAGGACCAGUGAGGACAUCCUCAGAUCCUCCAGACUGUCCACCUACUCUCCAGAGCCAUACACCCAGUCAGAGUCUGACUACUGCCCCUACGCCAGCUCCCCCCGGACCUAUCGCGUGCCAAGAAGACGCUUCUCGACAGGAGGAGACGAGGAGAGUUGGAGUCAGAGUCUUCAAAGAAUUGGGAGUGGCAUCGGCAGGAUGAUCCUAAAGGAGGAGAUGAAAGCCAGAUCUGGUUCCUAUGACAAUGACCCCUGGGGCAGUGCGAGGAAUUCUCGCAGCGGGAGCAAGGAAACGCUGAACACAACAGGCUACAGCACCACGGCGUACAACAACACCAUCAACGGCUCUCAGCGUUCCCUAUUCAACACCGAUAGCGAUUUUGUUUGUAAGUCAGCUUCACUGCCAGGAUAUGGACGCAAUGGCAUCCAGCGGCCUCAAAGUGCAGAUUGCUACCAGUACCAGUACGACGGCGGCAGUGAGCUCAACUGGGGGCACAGAGAAUACACGAUUUACCCCUAUGAGUCACUCAUUGUGACCACCAGAGGGCGCAACAGGCUGCCUAAAGAUGUGGACAGAGCCAGGCUGGAGCGCCACCUGUCCCCAGAGGAGUUUUUCCAAGUGUUCGGCAUGACCGUGGAAGAUUUCGACCGGCUCGCUCUUUGGAAAAGAAACGAGCUAAAGAAACAGGCCAGACUGUUUUAACAUCACUCGGACACACACGUGAUGAAAAACGCCAUAAGUGAAGCCGAACCUCACUGUUGGAAGGACUGAUGGACGGGACAACUUCUACUCAGUUACACUGCCACGCCUCAGAACCUGUUUCCCAUCUCCUCAUACGGCAAACCAAAUUGUGGUCACACCCGAGUGGACGUCUGCGGUGAUCUCUGCAUCCAUGCAGCUGUGUGCCGGAGUGCAGUGCAAGCAAUAGUGACUGUCAUGCUGUAGUGUUGUGCUUUUCGUUUUCUUUCUUUUUUGGGUCCGGAUGAUGAAGGAAGACAGGACUGCGUGUCUGUGACUGCAGCUCCUGAUGUAAAGCGUGAUGAGGAGAAUUUUGGCUUUGCCUUACUUGUAAUGCUCUCUUAGUUAGGACAGUGCAGCACCAGCAACCUGAAUGAGUAGAAUGUAGAUACAGUAUAUCAUUGAUGACACUUUAACAGUGUGAAUGCUUAGAUAAGACAAACGAGUGUGAGCAUAUACAACAUCACUCCCCUCUGAUUUAGGGUGCAUUUUAUUUACCCCUUUCCUUUUUCUUUUUUUUUUUUUUUGCUUUCCACAUGAAACCGGGUUCCCCUCUGGUUUACACUAACUGAUGCAGAGAGAAAACAAACACUCUGAGGUGGACGAAAACCUGUUUCAACUGUCAGCGAGACCUGCAUUGAUUUGUAAGAAGAUGAAAACCAAAGUGUGAAUGAAAAUGUUUCAUCGAGUAGAUCACUUCUUUGUAAUGCUGGUUUAAAAAAGAAGAAAAUUUAAAAAAAAGAAAGAGCGGUCACCAGUAGAUACUAGCUCAUUGUGCAGCUGUACGGUAGCCUAACAGAAUGUGCAAUCCAGUAGAUUGAAUAGAAAACGGCAACUCUGUCCUCCUGUUUUGUACUCAUUGCAAUAGAGCGAUGGCUUAAUGUUUUAAACACUACAGUCAUCCAGACAUUUACAUCCACCAUUGUUUUCUAUUCUUUUAGAAUAAUAAUCAAAUAAUUUUGUAGCUACAAAGAAUAUAUUCCCUCACAAAGAAAUGCUCUGCAAGUUAUUUAACACAUUGACAAAGAUUCAGGGUUGUUUUAGACUUUACUUCCUUUGAAUACUGUUAUUUUUGAUUUUGUCACUAAAAUUAAACUGCAGCUGAAAAUCU